CCUGGGAGAGAACAGGAUGAAAAUCACCCUGAUUUUCUCCCUGAUUGCGGCUCUGUCCUCACUUCCAUUUCUCAGAGAUGUCCUUGGCCCUUCCAGCUUUCAUGGCUGGACCUGGAACACGGACAUAAAGCUGGUCCUUGAGGUGCCGCUGCCCGUUGACAUCCAGGGCCAGACCUCCAGCUGGCUCUGUUGGCUUGGCCUUUGGCCCUGCCACGAACAGGGCUGCUCCAGGGUCAGUAGAGACAGCAUUACAGAAGACCCGAAGCAGCAGCCCCUGGGCACAGAGCAGAAGGCCUCCAAGGGGUCCUUCUGGUCGGGACUUUCAGCGUACCCCAUUCAGAUCUGGGAAAGGGUCAGCAAGAUGGUCCUUCCCAAGAAGAAGCAGCCUGUUAUCGCUGCGGAACAGCCUUCGAAAAGGGUCUGUUGGCUAGGCCUGUCUUCCUGCCCCAAAUGGCUCCAAUAUGGGGUCAGCAGGGCUGGUGUAACGCAGGGCCCGAAGCAGCAGCCCCUGGGCACGGAGCAGAAGGCCUUCAAGGGGCCCUCCUGCCCUGGCCUUUCCGAACACCCAGUGAGGAUCUGGGAAAGGGUCAGGAAGAUGGUCCUUCCCGAGAAGAAGCAGCCUGUUCUUGCUGCGGAACAGCCUUCGAACGGGCCCUGUUGGCUAGGCCUGUCUUCCUGCCCCAGAUGGCUGCAAUAUGGGGUCAGCAGGGCUGGCGUAACUCAGGGCCCGAAGCAGCAGCCCUUGUGCACCGAGCUGAAGGCCCUCAGUUUGCCCUACCCUCUGGGCCUCCUUUGGGACUACCUGGACCAAGCGGGGAAAACCUGGCUCCUUACUUAUGGCCUGGCAGAUGUCUGCCUUCUCUGCCUGCUGACGAUUGCCCGCAGCCUCUGGGGAAAAGUAAGAAGAACUUGGCAACAGGCAACGGGACGAAUGGACUCGGCUUCCACGCAAACAGACUGCCUGCAAAGGGACACCAGAAAUUAUCAGAACCAGCUCUGGCAGAUGCAGGCCCAGCUACUGUUAAUGGAGAAGUACCUGAUGAUCCUCGAGAAGAAGUUCCAGUGCCAGCAUUCAAGGCAGGAGCACGGAGCAAGGAAGCUGAGCUGCACCUCAUCCAGUUCCAGCCCGUUUGCCACUUCACACAGUGCACCAGCUGCUUCCAUAAGGCACAACCUGGGAAACUUCAAGCAGCUUUAAAACGAACGAUGUGAUGAACAAAGGAUUGGAAUACGUCUGUUACAUGCCAUCUGAUGUCAUUCACACGGAUGUAUAAAUAAAUAAAGACCUUCAGAUU